CCUCGAAUUGGAGUAACGGAGAGCAGUAGAGAGAGAAUCUUUGGAUCUUUCUGGAAGAAGAAGAGGGGGAGAAAGAAGGUGAAAUGCCGUGCCUGAACAUCUCAACCAACGUCAGCCUUGAUGGCGUCGAUACGUCUUCCAUUCUCUCCGAAGCUACCUCCUCCGUCGCCAAGAUCAUCGGCAAGCCUGAGAACUAUGUGAUGAUUGUGCUGAAGGGCUCAGUGCCUGUGGCAUUUGGUGGAACCGAGCAACCUGCAGCUUAUGGUGAGCUGGUAUCUAUUGGUGGCCUAAACCCAGAUGUGAACAAGAAACUAAGCGCUGCAAUUUCUGCCAUUCUGGAGAAUAAGCUGUCCGUGCCCAAAUCUCGUUUCUUCCUCAAGUUUUAUGACACUAAGGCCCAUCAAAGUCAAGAAUAUGCACAAUGUUUGCACGCUUUACAUCAGCACUACUAGGUCACCAAUAGAAACAAACUCUUUGUGGUUCCUUCUUUGGCUGGAACGGAUCAACCUUCUAGUUCUUGCCACCUCUCUUUAGAUUCGCGACGAGCUAUUUGCCAUGCCUUCUAACGAAUGCCUGUGAGAAGGUAUUCUACUUUAUAUGUUAUAAACCUCAUGUCUCGUAUUGUAUCGAACCCUGAACUUGGUUGUGUUUGGCCAGACUACUCAACUGCUCUCUAUGGUCGUCCGUAUUAACCCUCUA